AUGGACGCGAAUCAAAGAAAACAAGGCCGAAUAAAUAACACCGCAGCUGCUAUUUCGGCUGGCACCCUCGGUGACCCGAGCCAGGACCCUAAUCUACCCUGGCAGCCCACUCGACCCUAUGUAGAUGCUCAUAAUACUGACGCGGACGGCCAAAGGGAUGCGCAAAACGAGGCAUGGUUGGCCCGGGCGCGGCGAGAAGCCGACGACAUCUACGACUAUUCACAACCAAGCAACCGACCGCCGCAUCGGUGGACCGACGACGAGGAGGCGCGCUCCUCGCCGCCCUGCGGCGGCGGAGAUUGCUUCAGCAGUCACGGAAUAGAUUUUAAGCGCGUCGCCGCGCAGCUCAAUUUCGACGUCGACUGGCAGCAGUGCUCGAAUCGCUGGCAGAGUCAUCUAAAAGACACGACCGACGGCAGCGCGCGCGCGGGCGGGGGCGCUGCGAGUGGGACCACUGCACCUACUGCCCCUUUUCAGUGGACGGCGGCGAAGGACGCCGCGGUCUUGGCGCUCGUGGGGAGCGGCGUCGGCGUGCAGCCUCUGAGAGCUGGUGGUGCGAGGGUAAGUCACAAGGCCGUCGCCGAGCGGCUCGACUUCGUGGUCACGGAGAGGCAGCUCACGGUUCGGUGGUGUGCAUUAAAAAAAAAGAAGGAAGGCCGCGCGGCGCUCGUGGCGGGCCUCGAGGCGGCCAAGGCGGCGGCCCGGCGGCUCCGGGGCGGCGCCGGGUGGCCACGCCCGGCGUGCCGACGGCGUCAAGCGCCGUGCCGCUGCGCAAGGGUAACUGGGACGCGCCGGAGAGAAGAUACGCGACGAUGAUCGCCGGGAUGUUCGUCGAGGGGCGGCUCGAAAAUUGUGCGGACGGCACGAUGCUGUACGCGCUGCUCGCCGAACGGCUGUUUCGCAAAGAAGGUAGUGUCAAAAGCGGAAAGAAGAAGUUCACGAACGUCACAGGGAUCAGCAGUCGCGCCUUCGUCCGCACUGGUGCUCUGACCGACGAGGAACGGGCCGAGCUGGGCCGUCUCGAGACGGCGUUCCGCGAGUCGUUCGACGCGGGGCAGCGCUGGGCGCUCGCGGUAGCCGACGCCGAACCGACGCCCGGCGCCGCCGCCGCCGCGACGGACGGCGCGCGCGCGGUGUGGCCGCGCGUCGGGGCGUGGAAUCAGGAGGAGGACGCGCGCUUGGUGACGCUGGUCGCGGCGUUCGAGGCGGGCCGCGCGUCGUGCUCGCCCGGCGAGACGCUCGAGACGUUUCUCAGUAGGGAACUGGGGUGCUCGAGGUACCGAAUAGCGCUCAAGUUCAAGGGCAACGGCGAGCACGGCACGGAGCUUGACGGUCGCACCUUCGCGCCCAACGAGGGCGACGCGCGCGACGCCGACGCCGCGGUCGCCAUGGAGGAGGACGCGCCGACGCGGCCCGGCACGCCCGCGCCGCCGACCGCGCCGUCUCCAGUCCCUCACGGCAACGCGACCGACGCGACGACGCCGCCGGGCGACGACACGCCCAUGGCCGAGGCGCCGGCGGCCGCGGCCGCGCCGGCGCCUGCCGCGGCCGCGCCGGCGCCUGCCGCGGCGCGUCGCGGACGCGACGCUGCGCCCCUCGCUAUCGGACGGCUGCUCCCGCCGCCACCGCCCAAGCCACGGCGCGGGCCGCGGCAACCGAAGGUGUCAAACAUGCACCGCGAGUUCGUGGAGGCCUUCAAUUAUGCGAACGAGGGCCUGGAGCUUUUGGACGUGGAUCCCCUGUCGUGGCCGGCGUCGCCUGGCGCCUUCGUCGGCUUUAAUAAUGAGAGAGCGCUGGAGUCCGUGCUGCUCGGCGUGCAACAGGUCGUGGCGACGGUUCGAGGAGGCGUCGUGCGGCCGAACGACCCCGAGGUGCUGCGAGUGAUGUACGCGAGGCUGCGCCGCGACCACGAGGGCCUGCUGCGCGCGGCGUUUAACGAGAUGUUCGGGCGCGAAUUGAGCGACGUGGACUACGAGGGCAUCGCGGAGGUCCACGAGCUGAUCGCGGUUAAGCAGGAGACCGCGUACUCGAUCGGGGCGCUGGCGCUGGUGCACGGGGGGAUCACCCCUCUUUUCGAGGCGUACCCCGAGACCUGGAGAUCGUACUUUAGCGGCCGCGCGUGCACGAAAGCGGUUGCUGAUCACGUGGGCGGUUUGAUCCCGAACGUCUCUGGGCGGGAGUUUGGGUCGCUCAUGAACCAUCGACGCGGUGACGGCGAUGGCGACGUCAUCCAACGCGACGAAGACGCGCCUGCUGCGCCCUUCGCCGCCGCCAACGACGCCGACGACGCCUCCGCUGCCCACGACGACGACGCGCUCGUGGACGACGACCCCGCGAGCCGGCGGGAACGGGUCGCGGAGUUGCGGGCCAUCGCCACGCGUGAGUUCCAGCUCUGCGACGGCAUUAACGCCCAGAUCCGACACCUACAAAUAGAGAUCCAACGCCUCGCUGGCGAGCACGACGCGCGCAAGGCGCGGGCGCGCAGUGCGGUGGACGACGCCGCCCGGCUCGAGUCGGUGAGGUGGCGGUCGGCGCGCGGACGGCACGAGGCUACGGCGUACUGGCGGUCGUGGACAGCGAGUCCAUGCGGUCCAACUAGUUAUGCUUUAACUGUGCUUUUUCUGUAUCCCGACACCUGUUUUUCGGGCGUCGCUACCAGCGUUCCGACGCGUAUUCGCCUGCGCGGACGUGCGGGCUCGCCGUCCGGGCAUCAUCACGAUAGCCUUGGCAUUGGCCUUAUUUGUGCCUCGCUUUUUGCGCCUAUCGUCGCAUCGUCGGAUCCGCGUAGUGCUCGUAACUAUUUGCCCGCGAUGCCGAAGGCGAGCGGUGUGCCGACCUUGCGCGAACGCGCCGCCCAGACGUCUCCAAUGACUCGCCGGAGCGGCGGCCAAAAAGCACAGCGACGCGACGAAGACCCCAACAAUUCGGCACGCAAACAGAACGCGGCCGAGACGGGCGACGCCAACGCCUUCAAAGGCCGAAGGCUCGACCUCGACGGAGAUGACCAGUCGUCGUCGACGUCGCGGCGGGUGCCGACGGUCGCCGCCCCGACGGGUGAAAAAGCGGACACGUUGGCACUCGGCUGGCCGGCGCUGAGGGACAAAGUCCAUGAAUUCGACGAACAAGUCGACGCCGCGGGCACGCGGUGGUAUCGAGUCAGAGCGCGGAGCAGCCGUCACACUUGGUAUGACCGCUACGGUAGAAACGCCCUCUUUCAGCCGAGCCAGGACGAGGCCGUGCGGCAGGCGCAGACAAUCUACCUGACCAAAUGCGCCGAGAGCGUCUUCGCCGAUUGCCCCGUCGCGAAGGGUUUGCACGGCGACGUGCAGGUUCGGUGGUUGCGCGUCAAACCUCCGCCGCGCGACACGGGACUCCGCUCGGCGCUUUUUGAGGGACCGGAUGGCGCCGUCCGGCGGCUCAAGGACGGCGGGCUCGCGUCCGCGGCGACGAACCUCAGGACGUCGCCGGAGCAGCUUGAGCAUUAUUUGUCGAAGAUGGGCGACGACAAAGGCCACGUGGCGGCCUUUGUAGAGUUUGUGGGACGGGAGUCGCCGGACAACGUCCGGGCCGCGCGUUGGGUCCGCGAAUAUGAUCGAAUGGAGAUUAUCCGGGCAAAAAGCGCCGCCAAGGCCAACAUGCGUUUCGACGAAUUGCGGGCGAAGCUGCGCGAGAAGGAGGCGGACGUCGCGAAGGCUCUCCUCGACGACGGCACGCGCAUCCUGCCGUACCGCCCGGAAAGUCAAGGCGAAAUUUCGUGGCUCGGGCAUCCGAACCACUUCGCGCGGGAAGUCCUCGCCGCGUGGCGCGCGUCCGACCUCGGCGCCGCCAACCGCGGCGCGCUCACGAACGCGCGCAAGUCCGAAAUUCGGAGGGAGCUCGAGGAGACGGGGAUGCUGGACAAAUUCGUUCGUCUCAAAUUCCCGUCGCUCGUUCCGAGCUUCGACGCGGACCCUCAACUGCUACAAUUAUUUGUAGAGGCGGUCCACGUCGACCACAUCGUAAGCAGCGGCUGCGACUUCGACGAGAACCUGUGGUCCGCGGCCCGCGUCUGCAAUCGACGCCGAUUCGACGGGGCGCGCUCGCGGCCAGCCUCCGACGCUUCAUUUUCUUCCGCGCAGGCUCGAGAUGGACAGGAUCAACGAGUGGUUCGGCGAGAACCGCGCGAUGCCGCUCAAGCGCGAGCGCGUCGGGGACCCCGUCUGGGCCCGCGCCGUCGCGGUUUUCAACCGCCUUGUUCGCAAGGAGGCCGGGGUCUUCCGCCUCUGA